AUGCAGUUCAGGUUGAACGAGACGAAGCUUGAGAAAUUGAGUGAAGAGCAGCUUGAUGAUUUGUUGGGGGAGACCUCAUCUAGAUUCUUUGACACUCACCGGCUGGAAAUCAAACUAGCCAAACCUGCAGAAGACGAAGCUAGAAAAAAGAAGCAAGGACAUGGUCACAACCAAGCGCUAUACUGGGCUUUGGCCAUCAAAAGUACAUUCCUCGCAGUAGCAUACAAGGGCAUUGCCGUCAUGUCUGGUAUGGCACUCAUGAUGGGCAAGAUGGCGCUGUUGUUGACAGCUAUUCUGGGACUUAAGAAGCUAGUGAACCACGAUAAGGAGACAACUACGUUUGAGAUUAUAAAAAAGCCAAAAUACGUCGAAAGUCAUAGCUAUAGUCAUGAAGAUGAGGGGUAUCAUCAUAGGUCAUACGAAAUUCAAGAUAAAGGGGUGCCCAAGAAAAUUUUCAGAACAUAUCUCUGAUAGUACAGGACUUAGGUAUAAUUGCAACCCAAUUUUGUUGUGCAACAGAAUUGAAUCCAAAUUACAGUAAUUACCUAAUAGAUCGUUGCAGUUACGGAGGUAUCAACCUCGGAAUAUAAAAACCAUAAAAAUGUACAUAUGAAAUUCAUAUUCUGCAUGAGAAGUUAUAGCAACUUGGUUAGAAAUAAUUAAUUUUUCGCUGUUAGUCUUAAGUAAUUUAUUGCUCAUUGUAACGGAAAUAAAGUACCAUGC